ACAAAAUCGCAAUUCUAUUGUUACGUCAUAUCAAGCAUAUCCUUCACAACGUUAACACAAUUGGUCUUUUGUCAGGCUCCUGGGAAGAUUGUUGUAAUUGUUCACUUAAUGACUACAAGAUCUUAAAACUUUCUAACGUCAUGUCAACCACGGCCGUAGCCACGGAUACCGGAAACCCCCUAUCAAAGGGAGUGUUUGACCCAUCACUCGGACGAUUUGUUGAUUCCGCCACCAGGAAACCAAUUGGCGAGGUCGAUACUGAGGAAUAUCUUGAAAGGCUACGAAUGGUGCAUCGCCCACACCUUGGGUUAAAACCAGAUGCAGAAAAGACCAUAAACCCUGAAAAGGAAAAUCAAGGUACAGAAGGAGGAAAUGACAACAGUGACAGUGUCGAACCGAAAUGGGGAAAGUAUAAUCCAUACUCAAGUCCCGAAGAAUCAAGAAAUGCUGAGACUCUAGACAAUGAAGACAUGAAGGAGAGCAGAGAGUGGUACAGCCUCUUUUCCAAUAAAGGAAAGGACAUUGAACCACGCUGGUAUAAAUACAAACCAUCGAAGUCACUGUGGGAUAGCAUAUAUCUACGGACGUGUGCAAUGCUCACACCACCGUCCUUCACACCCGUCUCGGUCGACGAAAUCAACUCACAACAUCAUGAGGAAUGCACGGAUGGACCGAAAUCACAAGAACUUCCUGAUAAAGUGAAAGUAGAAAAGAAACACUACCUAUGGCAAAGUCUUCUGUGUUGCUGUCGACAACAAGAUCUGGGUUAAUUAACAAUGAAUAUUGUUUGAUAAACAUGAUAAAAUACAACCAUGGGAAAAUGAACACGGAAAAAAAGAAAAUAUCUUCAUUCUUUACAUUCUUAAAAGGUCUUUUGACAUGUAUGUAUAACUAUAUUUUAUUAUUAUGACUUAAAAUUAAAGUUCAUAAAUACAUCCAUCAGUAAAGUGUAAUACUAAGUACA